AUGGCUCACAGUAAUGAAUCCACGAUAUCUGAGUUUGUGCUUCUGGGACUCUCCAGUUCUUGGGGACUUCAGCUUUUAUUUUUUACUGUCUUCUUUGUAGUCUAUGUGACAUCAGUCUUAGGCAAUGUCAUGAUCAUCGUCAUCAUCUUCUCUGAUUCACAUUUGAACUCUCCUAUGUACUUCUUGCUCAGUAAUCUUUCAUUUAUCGAUAUCUGCCAAUCUAACUUUGCCACUCCCAAGAUGCUUGUGGACUUUUUUGUUGAGCAUAAAACUAUCUCCUUUGGGGGUUGCAUGACUCAGAUAUUUCUUCUUCAUAGUUUUGUUGGGAGUGAAAUGAUGCUACUUGUAGCCAUGGGGUAUGACAGGUUUAUAGCAAUAUGUAAGCCACUGCACUACAGUAUGAUUAUGAACAGAAGACUGUGUAUAAUUUUUGUGUCUAUUUCCUGGGCGGUGGGCAUUCUCCAUUCCGUGAGUCACUUGGUCUUUACAGUGACUCUCCCAUUCUGUGGUCCCAAUGAAGUAGACAGCUUCUUUUGUGACCUUCCCCUGGUGAUAAAGCUGGCUUGCAUGGACACAUACAAAAUGGAAAUUAUGACCCUGGCCAACAGUGGGCUGAUAUCUCUGAGCUGUUUUCUGGCUUUAAUUAUUUCCUAUACCAUCAUCUUGAUCACUAUCCAAUGCCAGUCCUCCAGUGGGUCAUCCAAGGCACUUUCUACAUUAACUGCUCAUAUCACAGUGGUGAUU